AUUAUCUAGUAGUAGUUGGUAGCCCCUCGAUACGACUCGGCCAAGCGUCUACAAAUAGACGUAUCGAACGUGCAGUCACAAGCAGAACGCGGCGCCAUUGCUGACUCAUAUCCGUACUUGUGUCACAAUAAGAAGAAUAGUUGAAUACUGAGUCAGAAGCGCACGCUAGCAUUCUCAGGUUUGCAUGACGCGUUGUAGAGACGCCAUUAUUGUGUCUUGAUGAUUGAAAAGAGUCAUUGGUUAUAUUUGUAAGUGCGAUGUACACAUAUUUAGUUGUAACUUAACGUGAGAUUUUGGGUAUGUUCAAAAGCAUCCUUAUUAUUUUACUGGGUGAAGACAUCAAGGUUAAUUAAACAAUGUCAAAUUGUCGUGCGGGCUUCAGCUACCACGUCACAUUCCAGGGAAGGAAAAAAGUGAUUAAUGUUUCUUCGAAGCGGCAGGUGGUAGCUGCGAUCAGAGAAGUCUUUGGUAUUAAUUCACCAGAAAAAGACCUUCAGCUUCAAACUUUUGAUGCAGAAUGGGAUGAUUUUGUGGAUGUGGACACAGCUGCUUUACCAGACAGAGCUAAACUCCAUGUGGUGCUUGUGCCUAAAGCAAUAUUACCAGAACAACAACCUGACAGAUCAUCAUAUAGUUUAGUAAACAAUCGCCAGGUGUCCAUCGCAGAUACUUCUCACAUCCCUUGCACAUCUUCUCAAGACAUUCCGGAAACUGAGGCUGUGUCAAUAACAUCAUUUGAAACAGAACAGGAAUUAAGCUCGUCCGUUCCAUUUGUAAGCUCUCCAGCACCAAGCCCAACUCGGACCCCAUCACCUACUCUACAAAAUACUAAUGACUGGAGAGAGCCUUUCACUAUUCCAACUCAUUUCUUCCCGCCAUGUCUGAGAAAGGCUUUAGAUGAUAAACUGCCUCUAAGUCGAUGUAAUAAAGGCCACCUACUUGAAGCCAUCUACCAGGAAAUAGUCAGACACACUUUUUAUCCAACAUACACACAGUAUCAAGAGAUAGUGGAGAAGUUAUUACGAGCGUACCCACAUUUAAAAGGAGAUAUGAGACAUUCAGAAGCAGUGGUGUACUGGAGAAAAACGCUUUCGCACAAAAUGAGAAACAGGAGAAAACGAAUGGAUGGUGACAUUCCAGAAGAAGUCUUGAGGAGGCGGACAAGAAAGUGGCUGAUGUGUAAUUCUGAUGAUGGACCAUUCAUUCUACCUUGUGAUGAUAACAGUGUUGAUGUUAAACCUUUACAUCAGGUUGUCACAACUCAGGCAAUUAACCAUAAUGAUUAUUAAUUGGUGAUGUUAGUUUAUAAGAUUCAGUGUUAAUGCUUAUUCCAGGAUUUCCAUUCCUUUUUUGGUGAGCAAAUGAUACAUACUUUGAACUAGUAACCAGGAAUUUACUUCUCCCUGAUAGCCAAAAACAAACAUACAACAACUUUCAAUAUGUUAAAACCUAAAUGUAAUGACACAAAUCACAAGUGCGAAUUUUAUAUGUUUAUGGAAGACUGAUGCUAAUUUGGCAGUCCUGUUUUUCUCGGUAUAAAUACGUGGGUGUGUACAGUUAUAGCUGUGUAGGUUUUAAUGUAAAGGCUUUUGUCUUACAAAAAUUAUUUAGACUUCAAUUUUUUAAAUAACAAAAUAUGAUGUACAGGAUUGGGAGAAGAGAAAAAAAAGGGGGUUUGGUUGGAGUCACUAUUAAAUUUGAUUUAAUGGUAAUAGUUCUGAAUUCAUACAAUGCGUUGUUAUUGAUUUUUACUUGCAAAUCAUUAGAUACUUUAUUUUGAAAUAAAACAAAUUAUAGUAAACUGUAGUCAAAAAGGUUGCAAGACAUUACGAAAUACACUGCCUAUAUUUGAAAGUUUUACAUCAUAACUGUUUUACUAGACGAAACUGUGCAGUUUACUAAUUAGAAGUUUCCUAUAAUAGCUGAUAGGAAACUGGAAGUGGCCAGAAAGACAGAGUCAUUACUUUAAACAAGAAACAAUAAUUGCAGCUUGUAAUAAGAUGCAACAUAAAUAACAAAAGUUAUUUAUAUAGACUGUUAUUAUUCCCCUCUGCGUGUAUGAAGUAAGAUAUUAAACUUUGUUCUUGUUGGAUGUUUCAAAAAGAGAUAACCCUAAACCAAAGCAAUUCCAGAAGGUGGAUCUUUCUUCUUGAGGGACACCAAUGUUGUUGCAGGUUUCUCCUCUCAGUUAAAUCAGUUUUGACAUAUUGAGCUCUAUGAAACAAGUCAUUUCAUCAUUUAAUGCGUAAUGUUUAAAAGACUGGAGAAAAGAACAUGAAAAAUAUUAAUUAUAUUUUAAUUUUUCCAAACUUACCAGUCGGUUAAACAAAAGGGCAAGUCGAUAUGUAUAGGUGUGUGUAUGUGUAUUUUUUGCACUGAACUGUGGCAUUGUGGCAGAGGUUUAUGAGUUAAGGGGUGCAAUAAAUGGUCUUCCAAAUCAAAAUAAUCAAACUUAAAAUAACUAUAAACUAAAAAGUUUGUUCACAUUUAUUCAGGCCAUGAAUGAAGUGCAUACAGAGACCAAUUACAUUUUCUAAUUCUUUACGUAUGUCAGAAAAAACAAACAAACAAAACAUACAGGCGAAGGCAAAAGCUGAUAAAAGAAAUGUAUUAGGAGUUGUUUUGUUUCGAUUAUUUGAAUAACUCUAAUUAUAUGGUGUAUAAUGUUUACACUGGCGAAGAAUGGCCCGUUAAAUCGCAAUGGCUGUGCCAUCACAUCACAACGAGAUUCAUUAUAAUUGUAAUCACAUCGAUCUUUACGAGCCCACGACGGGUUUAUAGUUAGAUGAAUACAUAUAUAAAUAGUUAAAUAAAUGAACACAGAGUCAUAACUGAUAUCAAGAACUAAUAUCACUUGCUUGAUCACUACCAUCUUGAUCCCAGGUUAACAGAUAUGAAUUAUUAUAAAUUAUUUCCUAUAGCCAAGAAAGUUACACUAACAUUAGGGUUUUUUUUUUCUUUUUUAAUAUUCAAUAAACCUGAAUUAUUAUAUUUCAUACACAGUAUAUUGUUCCAAGCCAGCUGUAACAGAUAAAACCUGAGUCAUAAAUGUGAUUUGUUUCAAUGUAAAUAAAAUGCUCUUUUUUUGUUGGUCUGAAA